AUGAUUUUUGGACAGAAUCUGUUUUAUCAUUUUAUAGAAUCACCAUCAGAGCUAUCACCAGCACCAUCAGCACCUACUGUAGAUGGUGUGGAACAAGAAGAACAGUACAAGAAGUUAAUACACUCAAAGUUUGUUGUUACUUCUCUAGAGGGACACAGCGAUGUUGUAUGGUCAGUUGCCGCUGAGAAUCACCUUGUUCUUUCAGCAAGUCGAGACACAACUGUGAAAGUAUGGGAUGCCAUCAAGGGGGAAGAAGUCUGUAAUCUCAGAGGUCAUACAAAUUCAGUGAGCGGAGUUGUUUUUCCAUCUCAAGAGGCAAGUGCAGCCUUGGCUGUGAGAUUGGACUGUCCAAGCUCUCAACGACUGGCUAUCAGUGGUGCUCUAGACUGCUCUUUAAUUGUCUGGUCUAUUCCUAAUGGACAUUUGCUGAAAUCAGUUUAUACCUAUAAUGGUAUAACAGCUGUGGCUAUUGUUGAAAAGGAACUUCUAGUUGUUACUGGAACAGAUGGUGGAAAAGUUGAACUCUGGGAUGUUGUAAUUGGAGAAGCUAAACAUUCGGUUCAUGGUCAUGAGGAAAACGUCACUUGUAUAGCAACAAGUGAUAGUAAUCAGGUGUUUACAACAUCAGUAGAUGGUGUGGUCAAGGUGUGGACUAUAAGAUUAAGACGGUUUCAGCUAUUAUAUGCACUGGAAGAAGAGUCAUCCCGAGGUUUAGCUCGACCAUUGCACCACAGUCUGAAGACUGUCGUGUCUCAUUCAGACAAGAUCUACCUAGGAAAUGAUGGAGUUAACAUUAAAAUUUUAGAUUGGAAAAAUGGUAGAAUGGAACGGUUAAGAAAUUGUAUUCAUCAGCGUGGUUCUACUGAUGCUCUUUGUGUUACGGGUGAUUUGCUUCUAGCUUCCAGCUAUAACUUAGAUAUGGACACUUCUUCAGUCAAUUUUUUUUACCUUCCUAAUGGAGAUUAUCUAACAUCUGUGUCUUGUGACAAAGCUUCAAGGAUUCUUAGCCUAGCAACUACUGUGAGUGAAGAUGGAGAUCUUCGGUUUGUUACUGGAGGGUCCAGACUACUGGUUUGGGAUUUUCUUCCCCAUAAGGCAAGGAAGAAACGUAAAAGUCCUACUGCAGAAAUAAUUAGGAGCAAUUAUUUUGAAGCAUUAUCAGAAGAAGCGGAGGCUAGCCAAACUGAAAAGGAAGAUACAGAGUCAGAGCUCACAGAUGACAGUUUGGAAGAGGAGAAUCAGUGUGAAAUGUCAUUACAGUCGAGGAAAAACUGGUUGUCGUCCUGGUGUAGUCUGUUCUAAUUCAUGAAAGUUUUGUAACUUUUUAGUUUGUGCUGUUUUUGUCCCAGUCAACAUGUAAGAACGUCACAGUAUAAAGAGCAGUGCUUUGUAUAUCCAUUUAAAAUGAAAUUGUGAGGAAAACUUCUGUUGGGAUAUUUUUGAAAUAAACAAGGUUUUUAAAGUGAUUACCAA